CUAUUUGAUUCGGUCGGCAAUAUCUUCUCCGGCGGCAAUCAGAUUCCAUUGUGCGAUUCCGAUAUAGUCACCGGAUGUGAGCGCGAAGUAGCAGAGGAUGAAAAAGGUGCUUCUGAAACUAUCAAAAAUGAAUGCAUUGUGCGCUUAUCUUGGGCUCUUGGUCACUCAAAGCGCCAGGAAGAUCGCCAGCGUGGCAUUGGAAUGCUAGAAGCUUCUUUGGGUGUAAGUAGCACUCCGCUGCAAGGGAAAAUCUAUACCUUCUGGCUGUGGGGUACUACAGAGACGGGAAUUAUUCCAAAAGCAGGCAUAUUGUAGAUCGUUGUUUGGAGAAACUUCUGAAGGGACUAGAAAAAGAGAGGGUUUCACAAGAACAAACAGAGAGGAAUGGAUGAAGGAAAAUUGAGUUCAGGGAGCAAUGAUCAUAUUGAUGAUAUCAGAUGGCUUUGCUCAUUGAAUGAAUCUGAACUUGAUUUCUUAAUGAGCUUGAAAGGGAUGAUUCUCCAACGUGCGAAGAGCAUCGGCUCCAAACCUAUGGCCAAGAACUUCGGCUUGAAGUUUCUCCGUGCUCUCAGUUUUAUUUUGAUGAACAAACUCAAAGGUCAACUAGAAGGUGUGCCGGGUUACGCCGGAUCCCCCUCCUUUCAUUUGGAUAGAUGUAAAUUGUUAAAGUUUGAUCUUGACGACACAUCUCAAAGCUUGAGUAUGGAGGAGUUGAGCACAUACAUUUGCAGUGAGAAGAAUAAGCGAGCACUGUCCGCGUUCUUUAAGGAUGUACUUCCUCCUCCAAGUAAGAAGCCGAAAACUGAAGGCUAAAUGAAGCUACAAUUAAUCAAUCAAUCAAUGAUAAUGCACCCUGAUAUAGUUUUCUUCACUGUUCCAUGGCCACUUCUAUGGUUUGAUUCAGCACUUCUGCUGCACUGCAACCCCCCCCCNCCCCCCCCCCCCCCCCCCCCGAGCCCUUUCUAUGAGAGGACGCUCUGUACACCGACCCGUCCUUUGAUCAGGACUGGUCCUUUACAGUUUGGAGCUUUGUGCACUAUUGACAUUUAUCAAGAGAGAGAUGCUACUGCCCCUACAGUCAUUGAAGUUUAUUUGCCAGGCGGCCGGCUAGCUGUUGGGCGAAAGUUAAUAUGGCGGCCGGAGAUGAUGGAGCGUUGGCCGCCGUUCUUGCUAUAAACAAUGGAAGGAAGG